CAGAAAUCACAGGUGCCAUCUUCUCCGAGCAUCGGUUUCACCGCCACUUCUCUGAGGGAUCUGUAACCACAAUAAAAAUCACAAUCCCUGAAAGGAGUGAUGGGCUCUUACAGCUCGAACCUGGAUGAUAUCUUGGAGGAGGACAUGCAUCACUGGUACACAAAGUUCAUGAAGGAAUCUCCCUCAGGACUAAUCACCCUGUUUGAACUGAAGACGAUGCUUGACAUGAACGGCAUGACAGAAGAGGCCAACAGUUAUGUGGACCAGGUGUUCUAUACCUUUGAUAUGGAUGGGGAUGGCUAUUUAGACUUUGUGGAAUACAUCGCAGCUAUAAGUUUAUUGCUGAAGGGAGAAAUAAAUCAGAAAUUAAAGUGGUACUUCAAGCUUUUUGAUCAAGACGGAAAUGGGAAAAUUGACAAGGAUGAGCUGGAAACUAUAUUUAAGGCUAUUCAAGAUAUCACCAGAAGUUACGAGAUACCUCCAGAGACAAUUGUGACUCUUAUAUAUGAGAAAAUUGACGUCAAAGGAGAAGGUGAGCUGACGCUGGAAGAGUUCAUCAGCGGAGCGAGGGAGCAUCCGGACAUCAUGGAUAUGCUCACGAAAAUGAUGGAUCUCACACACGUCUUGGAAAUCAUAGUCAAAGGUCAAAGGAGGGAUGCCGUGAAUUGAGAUGCGAUUCCACAAACGGAAUUUUUGCUGAGCUAUGCAUUGUAAAUUAAAAAAAAAAAAACAAGACUCUCCUUGAAGGAUUUGGACUUAAUCUCUGCCAGCAACAAACUAAGGGGCUGAUAUGUCACUUUUCACUCAGACUGUACUUGCAGAGCUACAUUUAUGGUUUCUAUUUAGGAUUGAAACAUUUUUGCAAAUGAUUUUGCUCGUGACUGUUGGGGAAGCUUCAAGUUGUGGUUCCAGGUUAUGCAAAUUAAUGGAGUAAAUUCUAUGCAUUUUUAACUAGUUGGUUCAAAGCAAACAUCUUGAGAUCAAAGUGAAUUUUGAACGGUUCUGCUGAAUUCAAAACUUUUUCUGUUGGUUGUUGAAGUACAAAAUGCAACCAGGACCAAGAGGUGCAACAAGCACAAAGAAAGUUGUAUGUAUGUACAGGUUAUAUUAUGGAUGUUACAAUAAGUUUUCACUAUUAAUAUGAAAGUGAUGCCUUUAUGAAUGUUUGUUUUAAAAUUUGUUUCACUUUUUGAAAGAUUUGUCAAAAUCACUGUCAGAGAUGAAAUCCACAGGUGGAAGACAUUUAUUUAAACCUGCAAAGGCUAAAAUGACAUAACUGAGUGUCUUAUUUUACUUUGGUUUACAGUAUUGCUACAUGUAAUAGUAAAUAUGAAGCAAAACAUUAAAAAUAGGCAAUAUUUUAAACAGAAAUAUAGACUCAUUAUUUUGUCGAUAAGGUGUAUAGUAUUUAUGGCUAUAUGAAUGCAUUUUAAAAUUAUUAAUAAAGUGAAAGUUUGAGGAGAGAUUAUUAGAUUUACAGAUGAUAAUAUCUUGGUAUUUGUUUAUUUUUGUUCAUAAAUCCAGAUUUGUUGGACAGGCAGACUGAAGCAGGUGGCUUGUCAGAGAGAGGCUAAGAUCACAGCAGACUGUCUCAAAAUCUGAGAGCUUCACAACUUUUGAAAAUGCAACUUUAUAAAACCUGUAAAGUUUUGUCAUGUUUACAUUAAUUACACAGUAGCUGAUCAUGUCUUUCUAGAGGAAACUGGGUCGGAGGCAGUGUACCACCUAUGAUAUUCAUAUGUAUAUUAGGUCUUGCAUGAAUGUUCUGGGUAAAUACCUUCAACUGCUCCUUCAAAGAAAUCCGUUUUGAAAAAGUGUUUUACUUUUUAAAAUAAAUCAGUUUUAAUAAUAAAAAAUAAUAGUUAAAGGUUCUGUAUAGAGUAGUCCAGUCUUAUUUAGAUAAGGGUUAUUCCUCAGUAUUUGUUGGCCAAAUACUGAGGAAGAAAAAGGAAAAUCUUUCUGGUCCAAAUUGCCUACUUAAAAUAUAUACGUGUAAACAUCUAUAAAACAACCUUCCCCGAGGCUGCUGUAAUAUUUCACAAUUCACAUCCCUCUUCUGAUCAAACAGGCCGUUAUUCUGACUGGAAUUGCUUUUGAUUUUCUGUUUUCAUCACCUCCUGUCACCAUUUUCUGUGUAAAAAAAAAAAAACACAGACUUAUCUGUAA